UUUCGAUGGUGUAUUUCUUGUAGGUAGUUUUAGUACAACAACAACAGCGUCAACACUGAAAUACGUUUUUUCAACCGGUUAAACAUCGCGACUACAGCAGCUGCAGCAACAAAAAACAGCGGAAUUUUUCAGUGCCACAUCGAAGUAGUCAAGUAGUAUUACAAGUUAUUGCAAAAUGUCGAUCAAUCUGCGGACCGUUUACGCCUUUGCGAGAGAAAUGUAUCCAAAGAAUUCAAAGGAGACCAUUCAGUAUGGAACAGCUGGCUUUCGCGGCAAGGCCGAGUUCUUGGACAGUGUCAUGUUCAGAAUGGGUGUUUUGGCCACACUGCGCUCUCGCUAUCGGGAAGGUGCCGUGAUUGGUGUGAUGAUCACAGCCUCGCAUAAUCCGGAGCCCGACAAUGGCGUUAAACUGAUCGAUCCGAAGGGAGAAAUGCUGGAGUCCAGCUGGGAGAAAAUCGCCACAGAUCUAGUGAAUGUCAGUGAUCAGGAAUUGGAGCAGCAUGUGGGCCAGAUCAUCAAGGACAAUAAUAUCGAUGUGACAUCCAGCUCCUAUGUCUACGUAGGCAUGGACAAUCGCUAUCACAGUCCACGUCUGCUCAAAGCUGUCGCCGAUGGCGUCAUCGCUCUCAAAGGCAAUGUCAGAGAGUUUGGCAUUGUCACAACACCAAUGAUGCAUUUCUUUGUCGUCGCCGCGAACACAAAGGAGGCCUAUGGCAAGCCCACGGAAGAGAGCUACUACGAGAAGCUUAUCUCGUCGUUUGAGAAGCUACGCAAUGGCCGCGUCGAGAAUGGCAACUAUCGCAAUUCCCUGAUCUACGAUGGUGCGAAUGGUGUUGGUGCUAGGAAAAUGCUGCAGUUCAUCAAGCGAAUGAAUAAUUCGCUCGCUGUAACGGUCAUCAAUCAGGGUAUUGGCACUGGCAAAAUCAAUGAGGAUUGCGGUGCCGAUCAUGUCAAGGUGAAGCAACGUGUUCCCGUUAAUAUGCCUGAUGUGGAACCGUUUACGCGGUGUGUGAGUGUCGAUGGCGAUGCCGAUCGUGUGGUUUACUUCUACACGGACGACGAGGGACAGUUCCAUCUGCUGGAUGGCGAUCGCAUUGCCACCCUGGUUGCUGACUAUCUUAUGGAGCAGAUUAAACGCUGUGACCUCAAUCUGCGCAUUGGCCUUGUGCAAACUGCGUAUGCGAAUGGUGCAUCCACUGAUUACAUUGUCAAUGAACUUAAGGUGCCGGUGUCGUGUGUACCCACGGGUGUCAAGCAUUUGCAUCACAAGGCUCUGGAGUAUGAUGUGGGUGUUUAUUUUGAGGCCAAUGGACAUGGCACAAUUGUCUUUAGCGAUAGCGCCAAGAGCCUUAUUGCCGAAGCAGCCAAGACGAAUGAGGAUGCCAAGUCAUUGCUGCUGAUAAUCGAUCUCAUUAAUGAAACGGUUGGCGAUGCCAUCUCUGAUAUGCUGUUGGUUGAGACUAUCUUGAAUCACAAGGGCUGGGAUGUUAAGGAUUGGAGUGCGGCCUACAAUGAUCUGCCCAACCUGCAGCUGAAGAUAUCUGUGCAGGAUAGAAAUGUCAUAAAGACCACGGAUGCGGAACGUGUGUGCGUGGAACCCCAGGGGCUGCAGGAGGAGAUCAAUAAGGUCGUAGCAAACUAUAAGCGAGGACGUUCCUUUGUGCGUCCUUCAGGAACUGAGGAUGUUGUACGAGUCUAUGCUGAGGCCGCCACCAAAGAGGAUGUGCAACAGCUGGCGUACGAGGUGGGAAGAUUGGUGCAACGACUUGCUGGCGGAGUUGGGCCAGAAUUAGUCAAUCCAAGCAAUGCUCAUUUGUAGUCACAAAUCGUGGAGACGAAAAAUCAAAGGCUUCUAUGAAUCUAAAUGUGUUCAGGCAUAUGUACAUAUAUAUACACAUAUGUAUAUCUUUCUGUCAUCCUAAGCUCCACUCAGCAGUUUCGCAUUUAGCCCCAACGAGCUUAGCAAAAUUUUUAUAAUUAUAUCUUUUUUUAUAACGUAAGCUCAGAGUGUAAUACUUGCAAGUGCAUUUAUAAAAUAGUCGUAUUCGUUGAAUUGAUUGUUUUUAUAGAUUCUAAUAAAACAUACCAGUUUAUUUGAUGUCCCAACAAUGCUCACAAAAACAAA